GAAGUUGCAGAUCGGGUGCCGUUGCCUCUCGUCUCAUCAAUGCAGCUUUCAUUCUCUUCGGCCGGGCCAAGAUGGAAGUCGUACAAAAGGAGCGCUGGUACUUCAUGGCACUUGUCUUAUUCCCUUUUCUUCAAGGCGUGUGCGCAGAUACCGCCCCCCCGGAGAUCGAGACGGUCACGAUCCAUUUGCAGGAGGGGAUGAUCCUCGACUGCUUGUGCCCCUGGGACGGGAACCUCACCAUGGUGUCAUGGACCAAAGACCCGGACACCAAUUCCAUCGCCGUUUUCCACCCGGACUACGGAGUAGCCACGACUUACCAUUACCGUGAGCGGAUCGAGUUCUUGAGGAGCACGCCUAUGGACGGAAGUAUCACCAUGAAGAAUGUCACCCACCAGGACAUUGGGCUUUAUCACUGUUCUGUCCAGACAUUCCCUCAAGGCCCCUGGAUCAGAAACAUCCAGGUGGAGGAUUUAGAUGGGCCUCCGGUAGAGGAUAACGAAGACAACGCCGAGGUCAUGGAGGCGGGCGCGCACAUGACAGCAGAAACCAGUGGCAACCUGUCGGUGGAGUGCAACCAGCAGCGCAACGGCACCAUCGUCCACCAGGCCAUGGUGGAGCACAUGGCAUUUGGGCAACUCUGGGUCAUCAUCGGCAUAUGCAAGCGGGUGGAGGGCGGCGUGCUGAGCGAAGACUACAGCGAGCGCGGUCAGGUCACCUGCCAGAAGAAUCUGGAUGUCAGUCUGCAACUGACCGCUGUCGCCCAGGAAGAUGGCGGAUUGUACCGCUGCAGCUUCAGCACCGACACCGGCUUGCAGACCAACACUGUCAUGGUUACGGUGUUGCAGUCAGGUUUCUUCACCCUGUCCGUCUUCAUGAUGUAUCUGUACUUGGCCAUUGCAACCACCGGAUUGAUUUUACUGACCGUCCUCCUCAUCGUCUUGUUGAGGCGCAGGAAGAAGAGCAGACGAGAAGAAAGCAGAGAUAAGCUGCACCCGGCCGACCCACAUUUUUGGCGGCGGUGGUGGGCGAGGGAGCUUUGCGGACAAGUCUACUAAGAUGUGGACCACGUGGAAUGACAGAGCCAUCUUUCCCCACCCUUCCAUCAUCAACUCUGUCAUUAUUAAAAUGCACCACGGCACAUUCAGUGACUAUAAAAAAAAGUCGAGCGAGACUACUGCUACAUGAGAGAACAUUCAAGUUUAUUACCUCUGUCAUAAAAAAAAAACAUAUUUACAUUGAGAAAACUGCAACAUAAAUAAAGUGCUAUUGAUGUAAUCUGACAACACAUUAAUAAACAAACAUGGGGUCUAUAGAUUUUCUUAAAUAGAACGCAUGAAAAUAAAGUGACACGUGGCACUUUGAAGUGCUUGUACAUUUCUAUCCAGUCCUACGGGCUUUGUUUCAACACAAACUAAAUAAUAACAUUUAAAUAAAUUACCACCAAAGGAUAUUCAAAAUGCUGAUAAUGUCAUCUGGAUUUUGCACAAAAGAUAAAAAUGUGACAGCAGGUGUGUUACAAGCAAGACAGUGCUAACAACAAGCUUAAAGGAGGUCUCAGUGGGUCUGAAGGCACUUCUUACAUGAGGCCAGAAAAUGGAAAGAUAAAAUAAACAAUAAUACCGUUCAUGUGAACUGGGUUGGAACAUUUUAUCAUAUAUUUUGAUUUUACUAGGUUUCACAGCGGAAUAACUUUUCAUUAUUGUGUUGCAUUUCUACUUACUAUUUGCAAUGAGUUUUUUGAAGAAAAAUACAAUCACAAUAAUAAACAAAUACCUAGCAAACAGUGUCAAUUAAAACGAUCCAGUCUUCUAUUAUGUAU